AUGGCGGUCUUUGAUCUGAAGAAGAACCUCGUCUUUUACGGCGCGUACCACCGUGAACCUACCAAUGUCGCAAUCCACAUAGGCUGUGUUCCCAUCCUGCUAGCCACUGGUUUCCUCUUUGGCACAAACACACCAUCCCUCCGCACCCCAGCACUCUUGAACCGCUUGAACCUCCCGUUCAACCUCGGAACCCUCGCCUCCCUCACCUACUCAACCCUUUACCUCAUCCUCUCGCCCAACAUCGCCGGCGCAUCGAUCACCCCUUUCAUCGUAGGCGCCGCCGCGCUAGCCAACAAGCUUACGACCAAGUAUAACCGCACGAAGGUCAACAGCGUCGCCAUCGCCGUUCACAUUGUAAGCUGGAUACUGCAAUUCAUUGGCCACGGAAAGUACGAGGGCAGAAAGCCGGCGCUGUUGGAUAACCUAGUGCAAGCGCUGUUUUUGGCGCCGCUGUUUGUGUGGUACGAGGUGCUGUUUAAGUUAGGGUUUUAUAAGGGGUUGAAAAGAGAUGUGGAGGCUUCGAUUGAAUUGGAGGUUGCGAAGCUUGGGAAGGUGAAGGCGAAAAAGUAA